AUGACACGCUUCAAUUGCCUCUGGGAGGCAAAGAAACGUUUCGAAAAAGAAGAUCGAUUCAAAAAUCGCUCCAAGGACUUCAUCAACAAAAUGUAUAUCAAGGCGGUAGAGAAAGGAAUUGUGGUACCUUAUAAACCGGAGGAAAUUGAAAUAGCUGUGCACAUUCAACGUUGCAAACUGAAGAUGGUUAACAAUCAGCGUUUAGACAAAUGGCAUCGCUUGGCAUCUCAAGCAUCAUCAACAUUGUUGCCCCAUAGUCCAAAUGGUAGCAAAGUAAAGUCUGAUACUUUAAUAAUUUCGGAUGAUUCAGAGGAGGAUUGGCAAGCUGCAGCGUUGGAAAUCCCUAACAGCACCAUGUGCUUCGACUCAGAAAUGGAGAUGCACCUUGAAUUAAGUGAUGAAGAUUACGCCACCUUUGAAGCCAAUGUACGUUCCACAUCGACGCCGAUCGAUCAAGAUCUAGAGUUAUGA